AUGGUCGCCGACGCCCGCACCCUCGCCAUCGAAACACUAUGCGAUAUCCGCCUCCACAGAUCCUUUAUUCUACCUGCUUCCGUUGUGCCCAAUGUUGGACAGGAUCUACGAAUCACCUACUCAGACCUUGGAUAUCGUCCAGGUAGCACCAGGAAAUCGAGUGACGGCGACGACGGAGAUGCUGAUCCAGAUCCAUGCGUCGUCUUCUUUAUCGGUGGUCUGUUGGGUGGGCGUUAUCCGCUCUGUCGCUCAGCCAACAUUGCUCGACGUCUCAAGAUCCGCAUCAUCUCCAUGGAUAGACCAGGCCUUGGUGGCUCCACCCGAGUUCCUCUAGACCAACGUGUGGCAGUACAGGUCGCCGCUGUUCCUGCUCUGCUAAAUCACUUGGGGAUCAGACAUGUCACGCUAGCAUCCCAUUCUGGAGGAGGCCCGUACCUGCUCGCAACUCUUCUGGCGCAUCGUGGAUUGCUGCACCCUAAACGGCCUCAUGUCGUCUUGCUUUCUCCAUGGGUCCACCCGAAGGAAGGUGGUGCGCGUUUGAUGCAGGUUGCUGCACUGCUGCCGCUUCAGGCGAUUGGCAAGUUCCCUUCGUGCGCUAGAGCUAUCAGCCGUACUUUUGCGUUCAGCUCGGGACUGCGUGGCGAAUUUCAAAGCAAAUCGGCCACCGCCGUCGCGACCACGACUGGAGAGAUCGAUGGUCGGAAUAACAGCGAAAAUUCAUUUGAGAAAGCUCUUCUUACUGAAAUGGAGGCCCUAGUCAUGAAGUACAUGUUCGCUGAAGAUAUUCAAGGCUCCGCGGACGAUGCCAUUUUAUAUCUGCGGAAACACGUGCACACGGUGAUCACGACAGGAAAUACCGGCACUGUGCAAGGCAAGGACUGGCUUGACAGCCGGACUCUUGCUGACGCAGUCGUCGAGCAAGAAAAAAGCCUGAAUCAUAGCACCAUCGACUCUGAGCACCUUCACGUCGAUGCGCUACAUUCCGAAAACGACAUUCUGAUUCGCCCAAGUGGGUCAAGACACUUUGAUGACUGCUGGGCGAGUGCUGUUUCACAAUCGAAAGUCAGCUUCAACUCCAAGAUCAUUAAGGGUGUCAGUCACGAUUCCAUCCUAGAUCCUAUCCACGGUGCCAUCGAGACUUGGCUCCAGUGUGUGGCACAGCGAUGGUACAGUUAG